AAUUGGUCAUCAGGGUCAGAUAUUAAAACGUGUUUCCCUGAAUAAGUCGUGGUCAAAUGGUGAAAAUAAAAAUAGCCCGAUUAAACGUUGAAACGGUCGAAAAUGAGAAAUAAAAAAAAAGUCCGAUUCGAAUGUGUUUGGUUGAUAAUUAGUAAUAAGGUUUCAGACUCGGGACGGCAAUGCACUGUGGGUACUAUCGGUCGUGGGCGCAUGCGCACAUCAGUUUACAGUUGGAUUUCGGCAGAAAAUGGCGUCAGCUACUAAGUUUCUGGAGGAAGCUCUUAGUACAGACGUGGAUGAAUCUGCAGUGAACGCGAUUGUCGGUUCGUUAGAGACACAGUUGGUGACUUCUUCUCCGGCCCCGGUUAAUUCGCAAGGGCAGCCGAUAUCCGUACAACACAACCAUGUCACAUCGAGUAUAUCGCUCGGGGCCAGGAGUGCUCCGCUGAAACACGGUGUAUCCAACGGCGGGGCGGAUUCUAUGAACAUACUGUUAAAUCAGGAUAACGGGAAAGGGGGUGGAGGGCAGGACCAUCACAACGCCGUCAACACGGUCGUCGUCGGUGCGUCAGCGGGACAGUUCAUCAACCAACUGGCCAACAACUUAGGCUUAGUGCAGGGUACUGUAAAUAAACCCGAGGACGGUAUCAAAAUCAUAUAUCCGUCGAACAACCAGUCUGUCAGUGUAAAUAAUAGAGUGUGUUACGUUAACCAGAGUCUGACAUUGCCCAACGGUAGUAUAGCUCUAACCUCCAACAGCGACUCGCUCAAGAGUGUUCAGACAUUUACACAAGCCGGGGCCAACGUGAAUAAAAACGCCCAGACCGUCGCGGACCAGAGCAAGCCGACGGGCACGGCUGUGGUCAUCAAGUCCGCUCUAAGUUCUAGUCAAAGCUCACCGAUAACGACGAUGACGAACGCCAACAGCCUGGGAGGCACGUCGACGACGGGCGUCGUCACUCUCGCCAAGCCGAUCAACCAGACGGUCGGCGGCCAGCAGACCAUCGUCGGCGGCACCCCCCAGAUAAUGCCGGCCAACGUCCAGAUAGUCAACGUAAACACGCUCCGGGCCAACACGCCGUCGUCUGCAGGCGGGGCCAAGGGCGCGGUUCCUUCCCGAGUCAUGAUCGGAACCCCUCAGAUGGUCGGAGGAAGAGCGGUUCAACCUGGGCAAAUCACACUUCAGGCUCUUCAAGGAUCAUCUGGCCAUAUACUUCUCAAGACUGACAAUCUACAAUUCCAGCUUAUCAGGGUGGCAGCAACGACGGCCCAGGCAGCAGGGCAGCAAACACCAGUAUCUACCAUAUCCACAAAUAACACCUACCGAGUGCAAACGUUAUCCAAUGCCUCUACAUCAAGUGCCGGUGUGCAAACUCAAGUUCCGCCAGCCCUUAACACUACUCAGGGAGCAGUCGCAGUUGUACCGAAUUCGAUCUUAACCCAAAGAACAUCAUUUGAACAGACAAAGGAGAAAUGUCGGAAGUUCCUAGCAAAUCUUCUUGAAUUAUCGUCAAGGGAGCCAAAGACUGUCGAGAGAAACGUGCGGAAUCUUAUCCAAGAAUUAGUGGACACCAAAGUAGAACCAGAACAAUUCUGCGAUAGAUUAGAAAAACUUCUCAAUGCCUCGCCUCAACCUUGUCUAAUAGGCUUUCUCAAGAAAAGUUUACCUCUUCUGCGACAAGCAAUGGUUAAUAACGAGAUGGUAAUCGAAGGCAUCAGAGCACCUCCUGCCGCUGUCAUCUUUUCAACUGCAAACGUCAGCACAACUUCAUCCACUCCGAUUCGAGGGCAAGUACAAGUGGCAGCAGCACCGCAAAUGAGGGUGAUUACUCAGCAUACUACCUUAAGACCUGGGCAACCAAUCCAACACAGGAUUAUAACUCCCAUGAGAAUGGCCACGACAGCACAAGUCGCCAAUGUCAAUAAAGGGACACUAACGACGAUAAGAACUCCUCAAAUUGUAAGGCCGACAGCGCAGAUUGUUAGAACGGCUGCCGGUCCUACUCUAACCCUCCGUCCUGGACAGACCCUGACUAAAACGCAAUUCACAACGAGGCCUGUCUUAGCGACUACCCAGUUCACCAAUGUUGCCAUUUCGAAGCCUUCUCUUCUUAAAACACCACUUGCCAAAGAAAAAGAAAAGAAGAAUUUCUCUUCUUCAGGAUACAUGGGAGAUGAUGAUAUUAAUGAUGUAGCAGCAAUGGGAGGAGUCAACCUUGCUGAGGAAAGCCAAAGAAUAUUAGGUUCAACUGAGUUUGUUGGCACACAGAUUCGUUCUUGUAAGGACGACAUAUACCUACAUUCUGGCCCUCUUAUGCGAAAAAUCGCCCAAAUAGCUAGGAAACACGGCCUUGAAGAACCGAGUGGAGAUGUAGCAGCAUUAAUUUCACAUGCUACUCAAGAACGACUGAAAAAUUUAGUGGAAAAAUUGGCUGUUAUUGCCGAACACAGGGUAGAUCUAAAUAAGGUUGAUCCUAGAUAUGAAGUUACUCAAGAUGUUAGAGCACAAUUAAAAUGUCUGGAAGAAAUUGACCGGGCAGAAAGGAAGAGGCAUGAAGAACAAGAAAGAGAGCUGUUGUUGAGGGCAGCAAAAUCAAAAAGCAAACCAGAAGACCCUGAACAAGCAAAACUUAAAGCCAAAGCUAAAGAAAUGCAAAGGGCGGAAAUGGAAGAACUUAGGCAAAGGGAAGCAAACCUUACAGCCCUGUUAGCCAUCGGACCUCGUAAAAAACCAAAAUUAGACGAAUCUUCAGGGACAUCUCUCACACUAGGCUCGUCUUCCAGUUCGUCUUCCAAUCUUCCUUUGAGGCCAAGGGUGAAGAGGGUUUGCCUGAGGGACUUACUAAUUCUCAUGGAACAGGAGAAGGAGACGUGUCGCAGUCGACUUUUAUACAAGUCUUAUUUCAAGUGAUGCUCCCUUAUUUCUUUAAGUAUAUCAGUGUCUGCAGUAUUUGUAAGAUACAGUGUAAUUUGAGGCACGAGCUGUUUUCUUUUGUUUUUCUUAUUUUAGCUGAUACCAAAAAGAGAAAAAAAAGAUGAUUAAGAGAAAGUUGUAUAGGAGAUUCUGAAUAAUGAAUCUCAAUUUUUCAUGUCACACAUGAGAAUUGAUACCGCCCAAGAUGUAAGAAAAAAAUUACAAAGAAAAAAAAACAACAUUUAAAAACGAAUCAAGCCUCAUGAAGGACAAUGACUCGUCAAUUACUCUUGAUUCACGCUAUUUGUGAUAAUGUUUAUUAAAACAAAAAUAAAUGUUUAAUAGUAUAAAUGGAAAGCAAGAAAUAUUGUUCAUUGUAUAAAACCAUCAAUUUUAUAAUGUAUAUAUGUGGAAUAAUAGAGUCGAUUAAACUUGUAGUUAUUUGUAAAUAAUAGCAUCUAUUUACAGUAUCUAUUUGAAUUCUUGUAGAUUAACCAUAAUGCUAAAAAAGUUGAAGCAUUUUCUUUUAAAACUGAAAAACUAAAAAAAAUAAAUAAAAAUUAGUCAUUAAUAUAUUUACGACUGAACUAAAAAGUGUUAAUCUAUUUUAUAUAAAAGUGCAUUCACUGGCUGGUUUAGUAUUGAAUAUUCAUAGGUAUAUUAGUUACCUUAAUUAUAAUUUUUUGAAAUAUUGUUAAUCCUGUUAUAUUUGUUAAUUUUUUUUGUACAAAUUUGUAAAUGAUUGUUUUUAUGACCUUAUUUUUUUUUUUAGUUUUAAAAACAUGAUUAAUAUGUGAAAUUAUUAUUUGGAAGGGUUUAGUUUUGGGACUAGUUUGUGGCUAAGUUGCGACAUUUGGUAAUCAUUUACUUUUUAGAGCAAUUCACCACAAUUAUUCUUCAACAUCAUCUCUUUAUGUUAAUUCUGGACUUCUUUUUCAUUAACUGUCAAAGUGAAAUUAAGAGUUCGAUAACAAUCAUUAUGACAGUUUACCGAAUAGCGCAACAUUAAUUUAUUUUGUAGUGAAAGACUGUUUUAUUUUAUUUUUUAAAUUUUAAAGAUUCCAUAUCAAUUUAAUUUGCUUUUGUACAAAUGCUAUAAUUUAUUUUCAAACUUGGUCAAAGUAAUAUUUUCUAAAACAAAUUGAUUUUUACCAUUUAGAAAUUUCAAAAAGAAAAGAAAAGAGAAUUUAUUUAGCUCAACCAGUAUAAAUAAAAAACUCUUCAAUUUGUAUUGUCUUUACAUGUAAACAAAUAUUCUUAAUUUAUUACCCAUGUUACCCAUUUUUUAUGAAAAAGAGAAUAUAUGCAUAUUUUUCUAUGGUAAACAAUAAAGAUGUAAUAAUAUAUAUA